CGGGCUGGGGGCCUGGGGUCACGCCCCCCGCGGGCGAGCGCUUCCGCGUGGGCCCUCACCCCGCCGCUCCCGCCCCCGCUGCGCUCACGGGUGUCCCUCCCGUGGAGCCCCGUCGCUCGGCCGCUGAGCACUUGGGACCUGUGCUCGGCCCCGGGGACCCGGGGGACCCGGCUCCGUCCGCUGCCGGCCCCUCCGGCAGCGCCAUGCAGCAGCUCCGGCUCGCCUACAGCCGGCUGUGCAAGGAAGGUGGGGCUGAGCCCCAGGAAGCCGUCCUGCAGCGACUGCAGGAGCUGCCCCGCGGCCGGCUGGACCUGGCCGCGCAGAGCCUGACCGUGGACACCUGCAGGGCCCUGGGCAAGCUGCUGCCGAAGGACGCGCUGCUGACGGAGGUCAUCCUGAGCGACUGCAUGCUGAGCGAGGAAGGGGCCUCACUGCUGCUCCAGGGGCUGUGUGCCAACACCAUCGUGCGGUUUCUGGAUCUCAAGGGCAAUAACCUUCAAGCUGCAGGGGCUGAGGCUCUGGGACAACUCCUCCGACAGAACAAGUCCAUCCAGAGUAUCACCCUGGAGUGGAACAAUCUGGGCUCGUGGGACGAUGCCUUUGCCACCUUCUGCGGGGCCCUGGCGGGCAACAGUGCCCUGCAGCAGCUGGACCUCCGCAACAACCAGAUCAACCACAAGGGCGCAGAGGAGCUGGCCUUGGCCCUGGCAUGCAACACCAGCCUCCAGCAGCUGGACCUGCGCUGGAACAGCAUCGGCCUCCUGGGAGGCCGGGCCCUGGUGAACUGUCUCCCCCGCAACAGAGGCCUGUGGAGGCUGGAGCUGGCUGGGAACAACAUCCCCGGUGACAUCCUCAGAGCUGUGGAGCAAGCCAUAGCCCACAGUCAGCAGCGGCAGGCUGCUUCCCGGGAGAAUCAGGCCCGCACCCAGGUGCUCAGCAAGGAGGUGCAGCAUCUCCAGGAAGAGAAAUCCCGGCAGUUUCUGGACUUGAUGGAGACGAUCGACAAGCAGCGAAAAGAGAUGGCCAGGAGCAGCAGGGCGUCAGCAGCACGCAUGGGUCAGCUUCAGGAAGCCCUGAACGAGAGACAUUCCAUCAUCAAUGCCCUCAAGGCCAAGCUGCAGAUGGCCGAGGCUGCCCUGGCCCUGUCAGAGCAGAAGGCCCAGGGCCUGGGGGAGCUCUUGGCUACCACAGAGCAGGAGCAGAGAAGCUUGGCACAGAGGCAGGCAAAGGAGCACAGGCUAGAGCAGCAGGAGGCUGCAGAACGGGAGUCUAAGCUCCUCAAAGAUUUAUCUGCUGCCAAUGAGAAGAACCUGCUUCUGCGGAACCAGGUGGACGAGCUGGAGCGGAAGGUGAGAUCUCAGCAGGAGCAGCUGUUCCUGGCCAGGCAGGAGCUGACCAACACGGUGGCUGAGCUGAAGGCGCGGGCCAUCCAGGCUGAGGAGCGUCUGGAACUGGAGAAGAAGAGGUCCCGACAGAGCUCGGAGGACCUGGAGCAGCUGCGAGCCAAGGAGGUGGAACACAUGACUCGCCACCUGGAAGAGAGUGAGAGGGCCAUGCAGGAGAGGGUACAGAGGCUGGAGGCCUCGCGGCUGACCCUGGAGGAGGAGUUGAGCCGAGUGAAGGCGGCAGCUCUCAGUGAGCGUGGCCAGGCUGAGGAGGAGCUCAUGAAGGCCAAGAACCAAGUCCGUCUGGAAGAGCAACAGCGCCUGGCUCACCUGGAGGAGAAGCUGCGGCUGCUGGUGCAGGCUCGGGACGAGGCUCAGAGCGCCUGCCUGCAGCAGAGGCAGACGGUGGCCGACGCCCAGGCCCGGGCCAGCCAGCUGGGCCUGCAGGCGGAAGGCCUGCGCCGGCGCCUGGAGGAGCUGCAGCAGGAACUAAGCAACAAGGACCAAGAAAAGGUGGCUGAGGUGACCAGGGUGCGGGUGGAGCUGCAGGAGCAGAACGGCCGCCUGCAGGCCGAACUGACAGCCCAGGAGGCGCUGAAAGAGAAGGUGGCGGCCCUGGAGCGCCAGCUGAAGGUGAUCGCAGGUGACCACCGGGAAGCGCUGCUGGACAGGGAGAGCGAGAACGCCUCCCUCCGUGAGAAGCUUAGGCUCAAGGAGGUCGAGAUCGCCCGCAUCCGGGAGGAGGAGGCCCAGAGGGCCAACUUCCUGCAAAAUGCUGUCCUGGCUUAUGUGCAGGGGUCUUCUCGAAGGGCCACGAGCCCCCAGAAGUGAAGGGCGGCAAGGCAGCGUCUCCCAGACACCGUGCCCCGUCCCUGCCCGUCCCUUCGUCUCAAGAUGCAGCCUGGCAGUUGAGGCAGGGUCUGCAGCUGGGGACUCGGGGGUCCGGGGCCAGGCUGGAUCAGUCAGACCCAGGGCGGGCUGGCCAUAUGGUGGGGAGUGGGCACCCCCGGCCCUUCCCAGGCCCUUCCAGUCCGGGGAAUUUGCUGGAUGCAUCUGCAGGAAAGCCCCCCUCCCACCCCCAGGGCGAGGAAAUGUAAAAGACCUGCGGGAGCCCACGCUGCACCCCUGCAUCUCACCCUUCUCACCUGUAACCUGGUGCGGGAGGCUGGCCCGCAUCUCCUGCUUCUAAAAUACACUUUUUACACUUUGUGAUA